AUGCACCUUUCAGAGAUUAUUAUUGAUGGAUUCAAGAGCUAUGCCCACAGAACAGUAAUUGAUGGAUUUGAUACGUCUUUUAAUGCAAUCACGGGACCUAAUGGGAGUGGAAAAUCGAAUAUUUUGGAUGCAAUUUGCUUUGUUUUGGGGAUUACAAAUAUGACAACAGUUCGUGCACAGAAUCUUCAGGAUCUUAUUUACAAGCGUGGACAAGCAGGCGUGACGAAGGCAACAGUGAGUAUUGUUUUUGACAACUCGGAUCCGAAGAAAAGUCCUAUUGGCUUUGAAGACCAAAGCCAGAUCACGGUGACACGCCAGAUUAUUAUGGGUGGGAUGAGCAAAUACCUUAUUAAUGGCCACCGGGCACAGCAACAAACAGUUCAGAAUCUUUUUCAUUCUGUCCAGUUGAAUAUUAACAACCCAAACUUCCUAAUUAUGCAAGGAAGGAUCACGAAGGUUCUAAAUAUGAAAAGUAUGGAGAUUCUUUCGAUGAUUGAAGAAGCGGCCGGUACACGGAUGUUUGAGGAACGGAAGGACAAGGCGAUUAGGACAAUUGCAAAGAAAGAUAAAAAAGUUGAAGAAAUCAACGCUCUUUUAUCGGAAGAAAUAGAGCCAAAACUUGAAAAACUUAGACAGGAAAAGAAAGCAUUUCUUGAAUACCAACAAAUUCAAUCAGAUUUCGAGCAUUUUACAAAAUUAGUUACUGCAUAUGAUUAUUUAAAAUCUAGUGAUAAAUUAGUCGAGUUUGAAACAGACUUACAAAAUAAAAAUACUCGAUUGACAAAUUUGGAAUCUAAUAUUAAGGUUACUAAGUCUGAAGUAGCAUGUAUUGAAGAAAAUAUAGAAAGAUUAAAAGAGGAAAGAGAGAUUCAGCUUAGAAAAGGUGGAAAUUUUCAGAUGUUAGAAAACAAUUUUAAGAAUUGUUCUCACGAAUUAGUGCGACUUAACACACUUAUUGAACUUAAAGAAGGAAGUUUAGUAGAAGAAAAGUCUAAAUUGGCUAAAUUAGAAGAAACGGUACAAGAUCUUCAUGUAUCUUUGGAGGAAAAAAAAAAGGAUUUUUAUACUAUAGAAAAAUCUUAUAAUAAAUUAAAAGCGGAAUUUGAUGUUAAAAAUGAUGAAAUGAAUAAAAAAGAAGAGCUUUUACAAACAUUAUCUACUGGUAUUGCUGCUAGAGAAGGUCAAACAAAUAAUUAUACAGAUCAGUUACAAGAGGUUAGAAAUAAUCUCAAUCGAGCAAUAACAGAAGAAAAACAAAUUAUACUAAAGAUGAAUCACUCUCAAAAACGAAUUGCAGAAAUGGCACCAAAUGUUAAGAAAGCUCAAAAUGAAAAUCAAGUUUUAUUAAAUGGUCUUGAAAAAAUGAAACAAGAAUUAAAAAUAGUAGAAGAAAAAAUAUCUUCAUUGGGUUUACAAAGUAGUAUUGAUAGUAAUUUCUACGAGAAAAAGAGCGAUUAUGAAACAAAAAUAAAUGAAUUAACUAUUCAAUACGAAAACUGUAAAAGGAAAGUUGCAAAUAUUGAUUUUACAUAUUCAGAUCCUUGUCCAGGAUUUGAUCAUUCAAAAGUUUUAGGAUUUGUAGCACAGUUAUUUACUCUUGAUGAGAAAAAUUAUAAAGCAUCUACAGCUUUGGAAAUCUGUGCAAGCGGACGUCUUUAUAAUGUUGUAGUUAAAGAUGAAAUUGUUGCAGCUCAACUCUUACAAAAUGGUCGUUUAAAAAAAAGAGUUACAAUUAUUCCCUUGUCGAAAAUAUCUUCUAUAAAGAUUUCUCAAGAAAAAAUUUCUAUGGCUCAGAAACAGGCUCUUGGAAAAGUGAAUUUAGCAUUAGAUCUAAUUAAUUAUAAAAAGGAUGUUGGUGCGGCUAUGGACUAUGUAUUUGGAUCUACAAUUAUUUGUGAAGAUGCUGAAACCGCAAAACAAAUUACUUUUAAUCCUAAUAUAUCUUUAAAAAGUAUAACUCUAAAUGGAGAUGUAUAUGAUCCUUCUGGCACGCUUUCUGGAGGUUCCAGUACAUCUUUAAAUGGUGUUUUGGUUCAAUUGCAAAAAUUAAAUGAAUUUAAAAAUGAACUAGAUACUUAUAACAAUAAAUUGUUAGAAAUUAAUAUGUUUUUUGAAAAAAAUAAAGAAAAACUUGAAAAAAUUUCAUCUUUAAAGAAACAAUUUGAUCUUAAAUUGCAUGAAAUCAAAUUGACUGAAAAACAAAUUAGUUCUAAUUCAGCGUCUAAAGUUAUUAAUGAAGUAAAAGAAUUAGAAUCUAAUAUUGAAUUGUAUAAAAAUAAUAUAGUAGAAGUAAAAUUAAAACAAGAACAAUAUAAAAAAGAUAUUAAGGAAAUAGAAAAAGACAUGGAAGAAUUUAAAAAUAAUAAGGAUUCUAAACUCUUACAACUUCAGAAAACAGUAGAAAAAUUGAAAGUUAUUGUUGAAAAACAAUCUGGAAAUGUAAAACUUAAAUAUAAAGAAUAUCAAUCUUUAAAACUAGAAAUAGAACAGCUUGAAGGAGAUCUUAUAAACAUUCAAAAGCAAUUAAAAGAUAAUUCUUCCUCAAUUUCUUCUCAAGUUUCUGAAAUAUCUAUUCUUAAACGUGAGCAAACGCAAGUUAAAGAAAAUUAUGAAGAAAUUCAAAAUGCCUUAGAAAAUGAGCGAGCUAAGUUAACUGGAUACGAUAAAGAAUUUAACUCUCUUGAAAAUGCUUUGAAAAUAAAGACAAAUUAUAUUUCUGAAACAAAUCUUGAAUUACAAUCACUUCGUCAUGAAAUUAAUAGGCUUAGUAAAGAUAAACAAACUAUCCUUCAUUUAUUAAAACAAAUGGAAAUAGAACAUGAAUGGAUUUUGGAUGAAAAAGAGAAUUUUGGAAAACCUAAUACAAUUUUUGACUUUUCUAAUCAUGAUAUAAAAAAAUGUAAAGUAUCAUUAAGUAAUCUUUCUGAAAGAUUUCAAACUUUAAAGAAGAAAAUUAAUCCAAAAGUAAUUAAUAUGAUUGAUGGUGUUGAAAAAAAAGAAAAUGCAUUAAAAACUAUGGUUAAGACAAUUUAUAAAGAUAAGCGUAAAAUUGAAGAAACAAUCAGAAGUCUUGAAGAUUACAAAAUGGAGGCUUUACAAAAGACAUGGAAAAAAGUUGAUAGUGAUUUUGGUAAGAUUUUCUCAGAUCUUCUUCCUGGAAGUUUUGCAAAACUAGUGUGUCCUGAAAAAAAAACUAUAGCAGAUGGCCUUGAAAUAAAGGUAUGCUUAGGUAAAGUUUGGAAAGAUAGUUUGGCUGAAUUAAGUGGUGGUCAAAGAUCCCUUGUUGCUUUAUCUCUUAUUAUGUCACUUUUGCAGUUUAGACCAGCGCCAAUGUAUAUACUAGAUGAGGUCGAUGCUGCCCUUGACUUAAGUCAUACUCAAAAUAUUGGACAUCUUAUUAAAACAAAAUUUAAAGGGGCUCAAUUUAUUGUUGUAUCAUUGAAAGAUGGUAUGUUUUCAAAUGCAAAUAGAAUAUUUACAACAAAAUUUGUUCAUGGAUAUGGAUCAGUUGUAGAAAGGACAUAA